AUGCAGUCGGGCCGAGUGGUGCUGGAUGCAGUGGAUGUCCGCUGCGUAAGCUUGGCCACACUUCGAGGAAGAGUGGCCGUCGUCCCACAGGAACUAUGCAUCUUCCAUGGUAGUUGGAGGCAAAAUUUGGAUCCCAUGGGCGAAUUCGAGGAGGAUGAGCUAAAGCGAGUCCUGCGUCUAACGCGCCUGGAGAAUUUCCUCCUCCGCACGGCACGCCAUUGUGUUGAGGCGUUGGAGCCCGGGCCUGCCAUGCUGCUGUGCCUCUGCCGCGCACUGCUGCGCCUCCUGCAGGGGCGAUCGAAGCUCUUGAUGAUGGACGCGGCCACCUGCCGCUUCAGCCCGGCCUCCGAUGCAGACUUGACUGCCAUCAUUCUGCGGUACUGCCGCCGCCGCGGAGCAGCCACCCUGCAGGUCAGCCAACGCGCUCAGCAAGCACCACUCUACGACGAGGUCGCUGUGAUGGCCUCUGGCCGAGUGGUGGAGCAGGGCCCAGCCAAGAAGCUUUGGGUCAAGGACGGGGCCCUUCGCCGUGUGGCCAAAGAUCAAGGCACCGAGAGAAUGAGAAAGACCAUAGACUUGGAAGGAUCCGCUCUGCUAUACCCUCCUGGUACACAUAAUAUGUACACCUGUUGUGCGACAAAAUUGAAGGCCUGGAUUCGUCAAAGAUGA